CGUGUGGUGGCGCUGUGGAGCCGAACCUGGCCGCACUUUCUCUCUCCCCGCCGUAGAGCCGGGCUGCCAGCGCCGGAGGCGGCGUGUCGCUCUUCAUUGUUCCAGCAGAAAGCCCAGCUCGGCGCACGGUUUCCCACGUUUAUCCCAAUGGCUGCCGCGCACAAGCCGCGUCCCAGCUGAGAGGGAGCGCUUCGUCGUGGCACGAGAGGAGCCCCGGUCGCAAAGUUCUCCGCGGCGCAGCGCUGUGGUGCGGGAUCUGGGGGGGGAGAAGAAGCUCCUACACGCGGACAAUCUGUGGAUCCUGUGGGAAGAAAGGGGACGUGAGCAGAGGCCCCUGCAGCUGGACAGCCCCGCACUGUGGCGUCUGUCAUCAUGGCCGAACCAGCCGACAGGACGUCUACAGCCGGACAGAGGCUGGGCGCCCCCGAAAGCUUCGGGGUGUCCACCCUGGAGCCGGGCCUGCGUCCCCCCACCCAGCCUCCGGGCAGACAGGUCUCCAUAAGGGUGCAGAUGCUCGAUGACACACAGGAAGUCUUCAAGAUAUCGCAACGUUCCCCUGGUAAAGUGCUUUUUGACCUGGUCUGUGCCCAUCUCAACCUGACCGAGGGGGACUACUUUGGACUGGAGUACCAGGACCAGCGGAAGAUGACGGUGUGGCUGGAUCUGCUGAAGCCGACGCUGAAACAGAUCAGACGGCCUAAAAACACCAUCCUUCGCUUCGUGGUGAAGUUCUUCCCCCCUGACCACACGCAGCUCGUGGAGGAGCUCACCCGGUACCUGUUUGCCCUGCAGAUCAAACGAGACCUGGCCUGCGGUCAUCUCAUCUGUAACGACACCAGCGCUGCUCUCAUGGUCUCCCACAUCGUUCAGUCCGAAAUAGGAGACUUUGACGAGACCCAGAGCUGGCAGCAUCUGCUCCACAACAAGUACCUGCCCGACCAGGAUGUCAUCAGAGACAAGAUCACCGACUGCCACCGCAAGCUUGUCGGGCAGACUCCAGCAGAGUCCGACUACCAGCUGCUGGAAAUCGCUCGGCGGUUGGAGAUGUAUGGCGUCCGCCUGCACCCAGCUAAGGACCGAGAGGGAACGAAGCUCAGUCUGUCUGUGGCUCACACCGGGGUGCUGGUGUUCCAGGGCUAUACAAAAAUCAAUGCCUUCAACUGGUCCAAAAUUCGCAAACUCAGCUUCAAACGCAAAAGGUUCCUGAUCAAGCUGAGACCAGACCCCACUCAGAAUGCCCACCACGACACGCUGGAGUUCGCCAUGGCCAGCAGGGACUGCUGUAAGAUCUUCUGGAAGAUCUGCGUGGAGUAUCACGCCUUCUUCCGGCUGUUCGAGGAGCCCAAACCCAAACCCAAGCCCAUCCUCUUCACCAGAGGCUCCUCGUUCCGGUUCAGUGGUCGAACCCAGAAGCAGAUCAUUGAUUAUGUGAAGGACUCCGAGCUGAAGAAAGUUCCAUUCGAAAGGAAGCACAGUAAGAUUUUGUCCAACAGCAGCAUGUCCCCUCAGUCUUCCUCCUUUAGAUCCCAAGUGCCAAAAGAGAGUGCCAUGUCUGUCCUGUUAGCGGACCAGCCUGACUCGGUCCGACUGGCCCAUCAAGCUGAGUCCAACGGUUCAGAUAAUCCGCCGGCGGUCACGUCCUCGACCAACGGGUUCCACGAUGUGCCGACGGCACCUGGCACGGACCCGACUCAGUCCAGACAGAACCACCGCAGCCACGAAUUGGUGCCGGACCAGCAGCUCCUCAACCCAGGAAGUCCUGGCUCAGACGACUCUCCGCUGGGAAGUCCCCGCGUGGUGGUUAAUGGCAGUGGUUCGGUAAAUGACCUUGGGCUGGGCAUCACCGGCGUCCUGGGUCCAGAGGGACGACAGCUAUCGCCGCUCACCAGCCCACUGCUCACUGAGGCUGGAUACGUCCGAAAUGAUGACGAAGACGAGGCCAGGAGGAAGAAGUUUCCCACAGAUAAGGCCUACUUCAUAGCCAAGGAACUGUUGAGCACAGAGCGGACCUACCUCAAAGACCUGCAGGUCAUCACACAGUCCUUCCAGAGUGCUGUGGGAAAAGAUGAAGCCUUCCCAGAGUCCACGAAGAACCUGAUCUCUGCCAACUAUGAUCCAGUCUACAAGUUUCACCAGGGAUUCCUCAAAGAGGUGGAGCAGCGGCUGGCGCAGUGGGAGGGUCGAUCCAACGCGCACAUUAAAGGAGACUAUCAGCGAAUUGGAGAUGUUUUGCUGAAGAAUGUCCAGGGCCUGAGGCAGUUAACAGUUCACCUCCAGAAGCAGUCAGAGUGCCUGGUGGAACUGGAACGGGCCUGUAGGUCCAGUCGGAAGGCGGAGACUCUCUGUCGGGACUUUGAGCAGCAGAGAGUUUGCUACCUGCCCUUCAACAUCUUCCUCCUGCGGCCUCUUCACCGCCUGCUGCACUACAAGCUCAUCCUGGAGAGGCUCUGCAAGCACUACCCGCCCACCCACGAGGACUUCAGAGACAGCAGGGCGGCCCUGGCAGACAUCUCGGAGAUUGUGGUGCAGCUUCAAGGCACCAUGAUGAAGAUGGAAAACUUCCAGAAGCUUCUUGAGCUAAAGAAGGAUCUGACUGGCAUCGACAACCUCGUCGUCCCUGGGAGGGAGUUCAUACGGCUCGGUUGCCUCAGUAAACUCUCAGGGAAGGGUCUCCAGCAGAGGAUGUUCUUCUUGUUCAGCGAUUCUUUGGUGUACACCAGCCGAGGGAUGACCCCGUCCAACCAGUUCAAGGUUCACGGCCAGCUCCCUCUCUAUGGCAUGACAAUCCGUGAAAGCGAGGAGGAGUGGGGCGUCCCUCAUUCGUUCACCUUGUUCGGCCAGCGCCAUUCUGUGGUGGUGGCAGCCAGCUGUGCAGCGGAGAUGGAGCGGUGGGUGGAGGACAUCAGGAUGGCCAUCGACCUGGCGGAGCAGAGCAGCGGCGCCAGCACGGACCUGCUCUCCACCAGCCCCUCCGACCACAAGCUGAUGGAGGACGGUGGGGUCGAGGAGGGGUCUGAGGAGGAGCUCUGCGGCUCGCGCUCGUCUCUGGAGCGCCAGGGUCACCGUGGCAACACCACCGUGCAUGUCUGCUGGCAUCGCAACACCAGCGUGUCCAUGGUGGACUUUAGUGUUGCUGUGGAGAACCAGCUGUCAGGCAACCUGCUGAGGAAGUUCAAGAACAGUAAUGGCUGGCAAAAACUGUGGGUGGUCUUCACCAACUUUAGUCUCUUUUUCUACAAGUCACAUCAGGACGACUACCCUCUGGCCAGCCUGCCUCUGCUGGGCUACUCUGUCACCGUCCCGUCUGAGUCCGAAAACAUCCACAAAGAUUACGUGUUCAAACUCCACUUUAAAUCCCACGUGUACUACUUCAGAUCAGAGAGCGAGUAUGCUUUUGAAAGGUGGAUGGAGGUGAUACGCAGCGCCACCUGCUCCGCCAGCCGCUCUCUGCCUGGCACCAGGAAAGACCUUUACUGAUGAAUCAGUUUUCUCCUCCUGGGUUCAAAUCUGGACGUCAGAAUAGACUCAACUAGGAAACACACAAUAACUUUGCACAUGGCAGGUGCUCAAAUAAACAGUUAUUAUCGUUUGAAUGGUUGACACUUUUUACACACGUAUCACUACCGAGAUCUUCCAACUUCACCUCCUGUAUCACAGUCGUCCAAAACAUAUCCGUGAUGUCAUUUGAAUUUAUUUUUCUAACGUGGCAGCACAAAGUCUUGUUUUUAUAUAUAUGUUCACAUGCACAUAAAUUAAAUAUUUUCACCUUAGGUAGGAUUUUCUACCAUUACCAUAACCUUUGCCACAAGCGUUUGGGAAAACAGUUAGACUGGAGUUUGUGCAACAUUUCAUUUCUUUUUCUUUCUGAUAAUAUCCCCAAACAUCAUGUAUGACUCUUCUAUUUGAGGUAAAAAAAUUAACAACCAAGCCAGGUUUGAAAAAACUGUGUACAUGUGCAUUUGUUUGUUGUCUUGUAUAUGAAUGUGAUGCUAGUUUGGUCACAUCCAUCUUGCCCUUAUAAGGAAACAAGUUUUUAUUUUUUACACACUGUGAAAUGUCGCUUUUGUUUGUUUUUCGUUGGGUUUUAUAUGGUACAAUCUGAAUUUCAAACACUUAAAACCAAAUCCAAUGCCUACAGAGAUUCCACUGGUUCACUGCCAAAUAUCUUUCUCUAAUACUGCAGUUUUCUGUAUUUUACUAUUUUAAAUAAAAAAAAGGAAGAAAAAGCUGUUCAUAAGAACAUUAGCAAGCAAAA